AUGUCAAAGAAAAGGGAUGACGACGAAGCAAGUAGUGAAGACAUAGAUGGGGUCGAGACUGGUUUUGUUGAGUCGGACAUGAAGCUUAAAGCCAAUCAUUUAGAACUUCCGAUGUGGGUGUGUACGCAGUCGCGUAUUUUUGUCGAGACGUCGAGUGAUUUAUUUGAUGAAGUGAGUGAAUUACUGAAUCGUGUAGCUGAAGCUGCUAGUCGUCUGAAAUACAUUCAUGAAUACCGACUGACCGACAACUCAAUCAUGACAGCGUUUUCCUUUGGGAUGACACCUGAGGAGUUAAUCAUCUCACUGGACAAGUAUUCCAAAAACAUUCUUCCAGACAAUGUGAAGAGUCAAAUUCGACAAGUUGGAGAGAAGAAUCAGAAUCUCCGCCUUGUGUUGAUCAAUGGGAAGUAUUACCUUCAAGCGGAAACGGAGGACCAACUUAAAAACGUGUUGGAUGAAAAGAUCAAGACGUACUGCAACUCGAGUAUCACCGAAGUGAAGGAAGGAGAGGACUUAUACAAAGACCUUGACUUAAAUCGGAGUGUCUGCAUUGUCGAGAUAAAGCCGGAGUGUGUAUUCAAGUUGAAGAAGAGGUGUAAAAAGAAAAAGAGGAAUACACGCAUUUAUGAGGAGUACCACUUCUUGAAGGACAAACAGAAAGAACUCUUUGGAGAACUUCGGAGUGAUUGUCUUCAUCCGCAUCAGGCAAAAGCACUUCAACAAAUGUUUGACAAUGAAAUAGCGCGGAGUGGGAUCAUUGUGUUGCCGUGUGGUUCUGGGAAGACACUGACUGCUAUUGCAGCUUGUAUGAAAAUCAAACGGUCUGCCGUUGUGAUUGGCAAUUCGACGCAGAGUGUGUUGCAAUGGAAAAAUGAAUUUUUGCGGUGGUCUACUGUGAAGGCCGAGUCUCUCAAGCUGUGUAUUUCCGACAAAAAGGAACAACUUGGUGAUGAUGCGUGUAUUCUGUUCACUACAUAUUCGAUGCUUUCAUUUUCUGGGACACGACAAUAUGACGGCCAGCGGAUUGUGAAUGACUUAAUGAAGAGGGAAUGGGGAAUGAUUAUCUUUGAUGAAGUGCAGAGUGCCCCGACGGAAAGAGUUCGAGACUUUUGUAAUGGUAUUAAGGCGCAAUGUAAAUUGGGAUUGACUGCUACCCUUGUGAGAGAAGAUAAGAACAUUAACGAACUUGAGUUCAUGAUUGGGCCAAAGUUGUAUGAAGCGUCAUGGCAAGACCUUGCCAAUCAAGGGUAUAUUGCAAAGGCGAAAUGCUUUGAAAUACUGUGUCCGAUGUCAACGUCGUUUUAUACUGAAUAUGUCAGUGCGGAGAAGAAUAUUGAGAGAAGGUUACUUUCUGUGAUGAACUCGAAUAAGGUGGACGCGUGCAAAUUCCUUGUGAAACAACACUUAGCACAUGGAGACAAAGUCAUUAUCUUCUGCGAUGAUCUUGCACCUGCAAGUUACUACUCUAAGAAAUUGAAUUGCGUCUUGAUGGACGGGAAAACGCAAGAAGAGAAAAGAAGAAAGAUCUUGGAUGGGUUUAGAAAUGGAGAACACAAAGUCGUGCUAUUCACACGUGUUGCGGAUGUGUCCAUUGAUCUGCCAGAUGCGUCAGUAGCAAUUCAAUUGAGUUCGAAUGGCGCGUCGAGGAGACAAGAGGCGCAACGUCUGGGUCGAAUUUUGAGAGCAAAGAAGGGAGCCGCGUCUAAUCGAGCGAACGCAUACUUUUACACACUAACAUCACAAGACACUCGUGAGAUGUACUUUUCACAGAAGAGACAACACUUCUUACUUGAUAAAGGGUAUGUCUUUAAAACAAUCAACUUGCAGAAAAUUAUGCCCCUCAAACCUGAGAAUAAGAAGCAAGACCAAAUUGUCAUCAAUAACAUUAUUAAUAAGUGA